UUAGAUUCACUUCUCUUAUAACUAACUGCCUGAGUGCACUUCCCCUAUCACUUUGAUCCAGUACAUGGAAAUGGAGCACAAUAUGGAAACCGGGAAGAGAAGAGUCCUGAGCAAAGAAGAUUUAAUAUCUGAGCGGACCGGGUCUUUAGGAUGCAUUGGUUGGUUCAUCGUCAUACUCUCUGGCGCCUUUACACUCAUCCUUUUCCCUAUUACCAUCUGGUUCUGUCUGAAGAUUGUUCAGGAGUAUGAGCGAGCUGUCAUCUUCAGACUGGGACGCAUCACAGAUAGGAAGGCUAAAGGACCAGGAAUUUUCUUCGUUUUGCCAUGCACUGAUUCCUUUGUGAAAGUGGAUCUGCGAACAGUUUCAUUCGACAUCCCACCACAAGAGAUCCUGACCAAAGACUCAGUCACCGUUUGUGUGGAUGGAGUUGUGUACUUCCGGGUCAGUGACCCCAUCGCCUCUGUGGCCAAUGUAUCCAAUGCUGACUUCUCCACUCGUCUGCUGGCUCAGACCACCCUGAGAAAUGUGCUGGGGACCAAGAACCUCUCAGAGCUGCUGUCUGACCGCGAGGGCAUCGCUCACAGCAUGCAGUCUAGCCUGGAUGAAGCCACAGACGACUGGGGCAUCAAGGUGGAGCGAGUGGAGAUUAAAGAUGUGAAGCUGCCACAUCAGCUGCAGAGAGCCAUGGCUGCUGAAGCAGAGGCUUCACGAGAGGCCAGAGCCAAGGUGAUCGCAGCAGAGGGUGAGAUGAACGCAUCUCGUGCCCUGAAGGAGGCGUCCCUGGUGAUCGCAGAGUCCCCGUCAGCCCUGCAGCUUCGCUACCUGCAGACCCUCAACACCAUCGCAGCAGAGAAGAACUCCACCAUCAUCUUCCCCCUGCCCAUGGAUAUCAUUUCUCACUUUAUGAAGAAGUGAUUCAUCCGUUUGAUGAUCCUCUGAAGUCUGAACUGAAAUGUCAGGAUUCAAGUUAUUGCUAUUGUUUUAUCAAGGGACUGAUAUCAGGAACACCUUAACGGUUUAUAUAGACGAACGAGCUGUGAUUAGAUGCUAAAUGGCAUUUGGAUUAAAUUAGUGACCAGCAUGUCUUUGAGAAAAAUGUUAUGAAACUGCUAUAAUGCUAAAAGUAUUUCAUUAAUAGUGUCUAAUUCAUGAUGUUAUAUGAUACAUACUUUUAUGAAUGUAUAAAACUUAUUGAAGUCA